AUGGCAAAAGAAAUCCCCUCUUCAACCUUCACAAAAUCUCUCCCCAAAGUCGAACUGCACGCCCACCUCACAGGAAGCAUAAGUCCCUCCUGUCUCCACCAAAUCUGGAAGCAAAAAACAAGCUCGACCUCAACCUCAUCCACAACAUUGCAAGACCCAACCAUAGCCCUCGCGCCUCCAAAAAAUAAAACCCAUCAUGACAUUUCCACCUUUUUCAAAAUCUUCGACACCUACAUUUACGCACUCGUCAAUUCUCCCGAGACGGUCACAUGGGCUACACAAAGUGUAUUAAAAGCCUUCGAAACCGAUGGAGUGAAAUAUUUAGAAGUGCGAACUACGCCUCGAGAAUGCGUGGAGACGGGGAUGACGAAGGAGAAGUAUUUGGAAGCUGUGGUGAAGGGGAUAGAAGAGUUUGAUUCAUUAUCUGCUUCUUCGACUUCUGCUUCUGCUUCUUUCUCGUCUUCGUCAAACAGCUUAUCAACGCGUCUAAUUCUAAGCAUCGAUCGCAGAAACUCGCUCGAGCAAGCAAUGCAAGUGAUAGACCUAGCAAUUCACUACCGAGAAAAAGGCAUCGUGGGAAUCGAUCUCUGCGGGAAUCCCAUGGUGGGACCAGUGAGACAUCUCGCUCCAGCAUUCUCGAGGGCGAAAGCAGAAGGGUUCAAAUUGACGUUACAUUUUGCUGAAGUGCCGGCUUCGAGUAGUGAGGAAGAGAUGAGAAUGUUAUUGUUGGAGUGGAGGCCAGAGAGAAUUGGACAUGUGAUUUAUACUUCGCCGGAGAUUGAAGGCGAAAUCGAGAAGUUGGGUACGGGGUUGGAGUUGUGUUUGAGUUGUAAUGUAUUGGCGAAGAUGCUUCCUGGGAAGGCAGGGUUUGAUGCUCAUCAUUUUGCAAAGUGGAGGAAGAAGAGGAAUCCCAUCGCGCUGUCGACUGACGAUGUGGGCGUCUUUGGUAGCCCUGUGUCGAAUGAGUAUCUGCUCGCUGCCCAACACUUUGACCUAGACGGAGAUGAUCUGAUCGAGCUCAGUCGUAGCGCAGUAGCUUCUAUCUUUGGUGGUGACAGCGAGAAGGCUAGGCUAUACUCACUUCUUGACCUCUUUGCAAAGGAGUCCUCACUUGACAAAUAGUCUACUGGGUGCUCAUAUCUGGACAUCCGAGAACGACGUGAAAGAGACCAAGGAACAGGAAUGAGCUAUUUGAUGUGGCGCUCAGGAUGUGUGAUGGAGACAUCUCAAGAUGAAGACUACAGGUGCUGCCUGUUGGCCAUUCUCGAGGGCAAGGUGUCUACGCUGCACAGCUCAACGAGCCAGUGUAGCCCAUGGUCAGGAAGAAGGUGAAGAAGCUGCGAAGAACGUGGGUCUCGCAAGUGGUUUCGCAGGCCUCAUGGCAAGGCUUGCAGAGGGCGAUGCCUAUGUUCUACACUUCUUGAAUACAUGCUUUUCAGGUGGUCUCGUUUCCCACAAGUCUCCUGCCGAUAUUGCCAAAACAGACAGCACUCACGAACAGCACGCUAGCAAUCCACGUCGCAACACCUACGCUUUCCAAACUAAAGAUGCCCAACACAUAAUUCUCGUCCCUCAAAGCAUGUAGACUCCCAUUCAUGAUUCCGCUUCCAGCAUGUCUUCCAACCUGCUCCUGAAAAGCCUGCUUCGGUCCAGGCGCAGGCACUAAAGCGGGGUCCGCAACCAGAAGCAAUGCUGUACCGAUGAUGGCCACAAAGGUGCUGAGAAUGAAACCAGUUGAGGACCGGUCAAGGAGAUACCAAAUCGCCGGGUUCACCAACGCCAGAGUCAGGUUCAAUUGCAGGGCACUCUGCCAUGGUAGCUUGCGAAUAGCAAAAGCGAUUCCUACAAAUGCCCCAAUACUUCUGACGACAUUCAACCAGUCUUGUCCAUUCUUAUUGUGCGUUCGGUUAUUUUCAUUCUCCUCUUCUUCCAGUGUUUCGUCUUCGUCCUCUUCUGACCUCCAGAGUCUGUCAACGUAGGGCAGUGCUUCACCCAGUACGGCACCAAUACCGCCCCAAAUUGUCAAAUAGGACCAAUUCUCCGUGUCGAGAUUGAGCUCGAUAGCAGCGAAGUUCUGAUGGUCAUGCAGGUGGCUGAUCAGCAGUCCAUACAGGACACCGACACUGGCCAUUGCGGUUGUCCUUCCCAAGACAGGCAGAUAACUGGCGACACCUGUUGCAGGUUUCGUGUAAUGUUUCUGUAUAUGGGGAUUGAAGCUCUUUCUCCGUAUGGUCUGUGAAUUUGGCGUUUUGCGUUCAAAGGCAUUCGAAGGUAGAUUCAGGCGUGCCCAAUCGAACGAAGGGUGUGUACUGCUGAUGGUGUCCGCCGGGGUUUGCGCGCCAUUGCCCAAAGGAGUGGGUUGUGAUGAGCCAGCUUCAUCGCCGGUGUCUUGGUAGAUGCCGAAGAGGGUGCUCGUUGUAAGAUUGAGGAAGGAGCGUGUUCGUGACACGUCGCUGGCGGUCUCCUUCUCCUUUCGCGGUGUCUCGCUCAUUUUCCACUUCAGGUUCGCUUCCAACGUUGGCGAAGUUUCUGUCGGUGUUGCUGGUUCCGAGUCAAGCUCGAAAGUCCUACGACUGCGGGGCGUAGGAAGUGGUUUCAUAGCCGGAGCAUUGCUACUGUUGGUGUCCACGUGAGCCACAGGAUGCGACAUUCUGCUCUUCUGCCGCUUCUGCUGUAGACAACAAUGGAUGGGUCGAUCGUGAGAGGCCGGGGACGAGGAAAACCCGAACAGGCCCGCGGCUUUCAGCCUGGCACAACCGUCUGAGCUUGAGACACGACUAUGUAUGACUAUGGCGAGAGAGAUUCAUUCAAUGGAAAACAAGAGCGGUAUGAUGCCAACACGACUGACUCUACUGAGCAG